AAUGGGUGUCCUCCCCCUCCACGCCUCCCUCUCCCGUCCUGGGAGAAACAUUUGACGUGGCAAAGAAGUCCGGUAGUGACACGGCUGCCCGUCAUCGCCUCUCCUCCUCUUCCUCCUCCUGGUGCUCCGUGGCUCUCAAACCUCCGCAGGUAGCCACCGGUCAGACAGAGGGACCCGCCGCUGGAGAAGAAGAGCAAUAUGUGGCUGAUCGCGCUGGCCUCCUUCCUCCACUGUGCCUCGGCCUACGACGUGGAUCUGCAGAAGCUGGGCGGGUUGGCCAAAGCCAGGGUGGAGACGUGUGGCGGAUGACAACUGAAUAGACUCAGAGAGGUCAAAGCCUUUGUGAUGGAGGAUAUUCCUCUUUACCACAACCUGGUGAUGAAGCACAUUCCUGGGGCUGAUCCUGAGCUUGUCCUCCUGAACCACUACUUUGAAGAACUAGAUCGGAUAGCUCUGUCUCACAUGACCCGCUCCGAGAUCAACGAGCUGCUGGAGAAACUGGGUUUCUACAAGAAAGCUCAACCAGAAGACGAGGUGCCGGAGGAGUUACGCUUCGCUCCCGCCAAAGACAGCCCGUUCAAAGACGACCGCCCGCUCAAAUCGUCCAUGUCCACUGUAGACACAGAGAACGCUUCCUCAGAGUCCAGCCCAGAGGUCAAGCACGCCGACCUAUAACUGUCAGGAAUUGACAAAAGUAGAAACGGUCCCUCUGGACCGCUGCACAACCGGCAGAUUAUCAUAGUUCGCUCAUGGGGAAAGAACAAGGGAAACAACCACACAGGCUCCUUCUAGUUCAGACAAUUUUUUUUUUAAGUUUUAGAGCAAACUAUAAAUGUAGUUUUGUACUGGAAGUGUUUCAUGUUCAAUCAUCUCUUUUCCCAUCUCAUUUGAGUUAUUUCGUGCUUCCUCCUCCCUGCUGUGAACCUGAAUGAAGCCUCAGGUGAAAAGUCGUCUGACCGGCCUGAGGCUGAUGCUGCUUGUUCUUGGUGGGCAAGGUGGACGCACGUAAAGACUCAAGUUGUGAAUGAAAUAAAAAUAAAUAAAAACUGCCUUCGA